UGGAAACAACUUCUCUAAUCCUCCAUCAUGUGACUCAUAGUAAUAAUCACUUAAUAAUGAAGAAGCACUAGCGUCAGUCCGACCGACCAGUCAGACCACAAACCCUCACACUGACACAGCAUCCUCAGGGCCUGACGGAGGUGACCCCUUGCGGAGCCACACACACGAGGACAAACAGGGGGGUUUUAUUGUGUGAGGGAGAAGCUCGUGAGAUCGUUGUGAUGUCUGUUGUGGGCGCGCAGCCUUUCAUCAAACCAAUGCAGGCGCUACCCUCCGUGUCCCCCGGGAUCCAGAGGAGACACACGCUCCCCGCGAGCGAGUUCCGACCCCUGAACACGCAAGAUGCCAUCAGCGUGUUUGAGAUCGAGCGAGAAGCGUUCAUCUCAGUGUCCGGGGAUUGUCCCCUCCACAUGGACGAGGUGCGUCACUUCCUCACGCUGUGUCCGGAGCUGUCCAUGGGCUGGAUUGAGGAGGGUCGGCUGGUGGCGUUUAUCAUCGGCUCCCUGUGGGACCAGGACAGACUCACCACAGACGCGCUGACCCUGCACAAGCCCCGCGGCUCCACCGUCCACAUCCACAUCCUCGCCGUGCACCGCACCUUCCGGCAGCAGGGCAAAGGUCCCAUCCUGCUGUGGCGCUACCUGCAGUACCUGCGCUGCCUGCCCAGCGUGCGCCGGGCGGUGCUGAUGUGCGAGGACGUCCUGGUCCCCUUCUACCGCAAGUCCGGCUUCAAGGUGCUGGGCCGCUGCGCCAUCACCGUGGGCAACCUCACCUUCACGGAGAUGCUGUACCCGGUCAGCGGCCACGCGUACAUGCGCCGCAACAGUGAAGCAAUCCGCUUCCCCCAUCACCCCCUGACUCUGCCCCUGACAAAGACUGAUGAGCAUGAUGGCGUAUGACAAGCUGCUGCUGAUGGUUUCAAACCAGUGAAACCAGUGAUGUGAAACCUGUGUGUGUGAGGGUUUCUUCAGUUCUGCUCUCUCUUCUCUGUUGGACUCUUUUGUCCCCUAACCUGAGGCUCAUCGGUUUAUCUGGUGUGAAAUUCUCUUUCUGUGUAAUAACUAUAAUAAUGAUAAUGAUGUGUAAUGUAUACAUGACUUUGUUAGACUCUGUUCUGUGAGAGUUGUGUGUUGCACUUACUGGAGCUCCAGUGUUUGUGAUGGACAUAUGGAUUUGUAUAGUAAAGCCGUCUGCUGCUUAGCACCUUUCUGGACUGACGUCAGGAGGCUUUAGCUCGACCACGGCUCCUCCAGCUCUAUUAGAGCUUUAGCUGUUGUACUUAGAGGAGGAUCCACUGGUCAGUUUGACCUCGUACUCAAACCAGUCCCAGGUGUUUGGUUAGAUGGUGUUUCAGUUUGUGAAUUAUUUUUCUAAGUUUGUGUCUGUUCCAGUAUCACGAUUCCAAUAAAAGGUUUUCUACUGGGUUUUUUAAGAGUAAAA